GACUUGCUUUUCACUGUAAGAGAAGACAACUUUGCCGAGCCUCCGACAACAUUCUCCCGGAGAGCAGGCCAUCUGAAAACAGACAAUUGAUAUGGAAUCUGUCUCCAAAGCGCGGGAGAGGUUCGCCAAAUAUCCCGUCAUAUUCGCCAAGUGCGCCAAGCAAGCUACUCUGUACGCCACGUGCGUUCUACACAAGGAAGACGGGCUUAAGAAGGACGACUGCGCCAAGGAGUUCCAAGAAUUCAAGGGCUGCUUACAGUCUGCAGCGAAAAAUUUAAAAACUAAAAUAUGA